CAAGUCCAGCCACGAGACACGAUUUCUAUCUGCAACGGCAUGCAGAGAGGAUUGACGAGACGCCAACGGACAGGACGUCAACAUGGCAAGUAAACAUAUGGUGCGGCCUAUUCUCCGGGGUCUGCAGAGGUUUGGGAUUGCCACUGGCCGUUCUGGACUCGGACGGUCAGUACGUGUGCAGCGGAUUCCACUGUCGACGAUUCCGGGACGGCGCGCUCUCUCGACGUCCACGUCCGGCACAGGGCAAAAAGGUCCUGGUCAUGAUCAAGCGGAAGCGCAUGGGGAUGGGAUUGAACAAUUCCUAGGCGGACUAUUCAUGGGCGUCGGCACAGUACUGACAGUGCUAUACUAUUCCGGCGGCGGUGGACUCCUUUCAACGGAGGCGAAACCACAAAUGUCUUCGACCUCAACGUCGCCGCUGGGCUCAGUGGUAAGGCCUCAGUACGACCUAUCCCAAACCAACAUUGAAGGUGCAAAGCAAGAGUUCCGUUUAUUGCUCGGAGAUUCCGGCAUCGACGACAACCUCCCGGCACGGAUCUCCCGCUCAAGCACAGCAUGGUCGCCCGCUCCUCACGGGGCAUUGGACCGCCCAUGCAUGAUCGUGUAUCCUCGCACGACGGAAGAAGUCAGCCAGAUCGUGAGAAUAUGUCACCGCCGUCGACUACCAAUGAUCGGAUUCGGCGGCGGUACAAGUCUAGAAGCAACAUUGGCAGCGAUCCACGGCGAAGUAUGCAUCGACUUUGGACGCAUGAACAAAGUCCUCGCGGUUCACGAGGAGGACAUGGACGUGGUAGUUCAACCUGGGGUCUCAUAUCUCGAAUUGAACGAAUUGCUUAUGAAGAAGUACAAUCUCCUGUUCCCUCCUGAUCCAGGUCCAGGAGCACAGAUCGGCGGCGUGAUUUCGCAGGGCUGUUCCGGCACAUCAGCCUAUCGCUACGGCACGGUCAAGGACUGGGUGUUGGGCCUGACGGUCGUAUUGGCAGAUGGGACGAUUGUCAAAACGAGACGCAGACCGAAAAAGUCAUCCGCUGGCUAUGAUCUAACGAGGCUAUUUGUCGGGUCUGAAGGGACCCUGGGGUUCGUUACGGAAGCCACAUUGAAGGUGACUAGUGUUCCCGAAAAUACUAGGGUUGCUGUGGUCGCGUUCCCUUCUGUUCAAAAUGCAGUUGAUGCAGCCGUCAAAAUCGUCCAGAAGAGUUUGCCACUCGGUGCGCUCGAGUUGCUUGACGGGACAUCUAUGCGUGCGAUUAAUAAUUCGGGAUACUGUGCCAAAGAGCUGGUUGAGGCUCCUUCGUUGUUUUUGAAAUUCUCGGGCUCAAAGGCUGUUGUUGCAGAGCAGAUUGAAAAGGUCAAGAGCAUUGGGAAAGAUACACAUUGUUUAUCGUUUGAUUUUGGGAGAGAUGAUGAAGAGUCUGAGGCUUACUGGCAGGCUAGGAAGACUAUGCUUUGGAGUCUGAUGACGCUGAAACGCAAUCCGGAUGAUAAGUUCCUGGGAACGGAUUUGGCGGUGCCGAUUUCAAGGCUUGGUGAUGUUAUUGAGGUUACGAAUCGGAAGUUGGAAGAGAGUGGUUUGGUUGGUGCGUGUUGUGGGCAUGUAGGAGACGGAAACGUCCAUGCGGCGAUAUUCUACAGCGACGCCGAAAAGGAAAAGGCCGAAAAGGUCGUGCUCGAAGUCGAGAAACUUGGCAUCCAAGUCGAUGGAACCAUCACGGGCGAACACGGCAUCGGUUUGGAAAAGCGAGAUCGGCUUAUCGAUGAGCUCGGAGUCGACAGCGUCGACACGAUGAGGCGCCUCAAGCUGGCUUUGGAUCCUUUGUGUCUGUUGAAUCCUGAAAAGGUUGUUCGGCUCACGCCUGCCAGCUAGUCGUAGGCUGUUCUACCACGAGUGUGACAAGCAAAAACUGCUUCUCUCCAGCACGGCCACCGCGAGAUUGGAUGGUCUCAUAUGUCUGGAGCGAAAGCAAAUCUUAGGUAUAUUUCUUACUAACCCGUCCGCUCGCUCAGCUCUUUCGUCUCGGCGAUCCGAAACACAUACUUCGUGGCGCUGGCCUUGCCGUCCUUCAGAUCCUUCAACCCCUCCUCAAUACCGUCCAGACCACCCGGGACGACCUGGUAUGGAUGGGGCCUGAACCAGCCAUCUUUGAGCCCCAGCUCAAGAAGUCUGAACCAGGCAUACCCGAAAUCCUUAUCUGGUCCAAACACGCUGCUCACCAUAGUCAACGACUUUUGCACCGUCCUGGGGAUGUCUGGGUCAUCGUGUGCUGCUGGCAGAACCAUGGUCAGCCGCGGAGAACCGUCGCCAGCACCAUGAUCGCUGCCCUGCUCCUCCUGAGAACUGAAGGCUUUACAGAUAUUCGCGUAAGAAGAUUUUGCCCCGUCACUCACGGCGUCAAAGGCAUACUGAAGCUUCUGGCCUUUCGGAACGGCGGCUCUGAUCUCGUUCACAACACUGUCAUUGCCCUUGCGGUAAUCGACAAUCACGUCACCACCGCUUUCAUUAUUGGCGAAGGCGCUGAUAUUGGUAUCGGUCUUCAACAGGCUCUGUACAAAAGGGAUCCCAUUGCCAGCAACCGCAAUGAUCGGAUGGAUCCCCGCCCGUCUGGCCAGCUGCACGGCGAAUGCACCUACGGCACUGGCGGCGCCGUAGAUGACGAUGCCACCCUUGGGCAAAUUGUCCGGAUGUGCGUUGGCAACCCACGGCUCCGGCAGGCCCAGCUGGACAAACAAUCCCAGGGCGGCCGUCAUGGCAGCCAACGGAAUCGUCGCCGCCUCCUCGAACGUCGUGCUCGCCGGGAUGUGGAACGUCGUGUGUUCUGGCGCGAUGGCGUAUUCGGCAUACGAUCCCCCAGGUGUUUGCAGGUGGUGCAAUGCGGCAACGCGGUCGCCCGGUCGGAAUUGGGUUACGGCAGAUCCCACGGCUGCCACAACCCCGGCAAUGUCGUCGCCUUGGUUGGUCCCGUUGUAUUCAGCGUUCCAGACAGGUCGUUUCCAGUCUUUUGGGUUGCUGCCGGAUACGUGAACUUUGAUCAGGACCUCGGAAGCGCGCGGCGUCGGGAUGGGAAUCCUGUGGAGAGUCACGCGGAGGGGGUGGUGGAUGUGCGCUUCGAGCAUUGUGUUGCUGUUGCUGUUGUUGUUGUUACCGCUGCCGCUACCGCUGGCCCGGGCCGGGUGCGGUGAGGUGUUGAGGGCUGCCGACAUUGUUUCCGCCUGUGAGUAGAUAGAUGGGACGGCAACAGGCAAGAAAAAGGGGAUAUCAGGUUGGGACCGCGAGAGUGCUCGUCCUGACUAUCCGCCAGUAGCUGCAAGGGAGAUAGUUUAAUAGAUCAAGUUUUUAUCAACGG